UUUGACUUCUGGGCAUUGCGAAAAAGAUAUAUUUUGAAUGGAAAUUGUGAAAAAUCUAUUUAUAAUUUGCUUAUAAUAAACGCUAAAAGUUAAACACUGUGAACUUUAUAUUUGCAAGUUAUUUUGUAAAUAGGUAUAUUAGUAAGCAGUACUAAUUUUACCCUCAUUCUUAAAUUUUGUGAAACCGUUUAAAAUAUACCUACCUACUAUUAUCUGCUAAAGUUCUAGAUUAAAAAAUGGACGGGAAAGCUCCUAAGAAAGCGCCGAAGAGAAAAAGGAAGAAGAAAACAUAUCCUUCUGAAAAAAAAGUCGUUUGCAAUAUAUGCGGACAGAAAUAUUACUGGGAAUGCAAAUUAGCACAACACAUGCUUACUCAUACAGGGGAGAAACCAUACAAAUGUCCAGUGAAAAAGUGUGGGAAGGCAUUCAACUCCAGUUACUCGUUGAAAACACACUCUUAUAUUCAUUCUAAUCAGAAACCGUUCCAGUGUUCAUACUGCCCGUACGCAUGCCGCGACAGCUCCACGCUUCGCAGACACCAAGACAGACACAUGGGGAUCAAGAACAAAUACGAAUGCAAGAUAUGUAGCAAGACGUACAACAUAAAAGCGACUCUAAAGCUCCACGUGGCGGAGGUGCACUGCGAGAUGGACGUGAGGAAGUAUGCGUGCGAGCAGUGUGACCGCCGGUUCAAGACUAAGUGUACACUCACCCUACAUGUCAAGAACGUCCACAAUCGAGCCCGUGCGUGCACGUGCCCUAUAUGUGGCGCGUACAUGACCAACAAGGCCAACCUGCCGCAGCAUCUCAUCAAACACACGAAUCAACGCCCGUAUAUAUGUGCGUACCCUGCUUGUGAGAAGAGUUACAAAGAUCCGGACACCCUCAAGAGACACGCCAGGAUCCACUAUCCGGAGCAGCAGCACUCCUGCGAGACCUGCGGCAAGAUGUUCACGCGGCUCAGACGGCUCGAACACCACUGGAAGACCGUGCACAACAAGAGGAGAUGCGUCGAGUGCGAUUACUGCGGGCAACGAUUCUACUCGAAGAGCUACCUGAUAAACCACAUUCAGCGCAAACACGGCCGCAAGAAGAAGCGGUACAAAUGUGACCACUGCAAGUUUGUUACCCUCAACAAACCGAGCAUCGUCAUGCAUAUCAAAUACGGACACGGCACUGAAAAUGACAGGGAAUGCCACAUCUGCCACACGAUAUACAAGAGGCAUGUAUACCUCAAAAUGCACUACGCUAAAACACACGGCAUCAGAUACAAGACAAAACCAAGAGCGCCGCCAGUAGAAAUAAAAGAGGAACCAGAGGAAGAUGAAGUGUCAAUAGACUUAUUCGAAAUAGAAAAAGAAGAGCCAGACCAGGAAUCGAACCUGGACCCUAACGCUUCACAGCCGGAUGACACUGACAAGACAACCACAGAAGAGAACGUUCAGGUUGUGUCGAAAAAUAUGUUCGAAGAUUUCUUCAUACAACAUGUGGUCAAACCUGUAGAUAAGGUUGAUGAAAAUCCCUAUUACAAGAUAGACACCGAAGCUCAGAAGAAUUCAAAGAAGUCAAUACAGAAUCAGAUAACUGAAGUAAGACGGAAAGAGGCCGUAGAAAACGUGGAGCGAACGAGACAGAUAUACAAUGAGAGAAUGAAACGGCUGAUGAGCGAUGGUGGCAGUAAAGAGAAGCCAAUAAAAAUUAAAUUCUUCAAGAAAAAAUAUAAUACCAAUGAGAAUAAUAAUGAGGAUACGAGAAUGAAAAAUGACGAAUAUACAACUAAUGAUGAUGUAAGAUCGCAGUCAAACACCGAACGGACAUCAGAGGAAAGUAAUAAAAUUGAAAAAGCAACUUUAGAUGAACUUAACACAGCAAAUACCAAUGAUAAACAAAAUCAUAUUUUAAAUGAUCCGCUUAAAACUAAUGGAGAAGAAAAGACAGUAAAUUCUGAUGAUGAUGAAAAACCAUCUAAUGAAGAAUCAAAUGAUGACAGUAAUGAUGAAGAUUAUAAAGAUGAAGAACGGAAGCAAAUAAUAAAUAAAAAUAGAAAAGUGAAGUUUAAUACCCAUCAAUGUUACGUUUGCUUUAAGCUAUUCUCAACAUUGGAGCAGCUGUUAGAGCACUGCAAAGACCAUUUCGACAUAUGCACCGAGAAAUCUCUAAAGAAAUGUCCAUUAUGCGACUACGUCAGCAAAAAGAAUACCGCGAAACACCUUAAAACCAUACACGGUGUCAGUAUAAAGGUGCCUUACGGCAGAAUUCAAGAUAAGAAGGACAAUACUGAUGGUUGCCGGUACUAUUUCGAAAUUGAUAAUCCGAUUGUAGAUAAAAUCGAAGUCAUACCGAGCUUGAAGAAUCUUAACAAAAUAGAAAGUAUGAAAAUCGAUAAGAGGAAUCGAGAAGACAAAGAUAGAAUUGUGUCGAAGACCAAAUUAGUUAAGAAAGGCAAAGAAUGGGUUGUUGAGAAAGAGAAGGUCGACAUCAACAGCGAAAUGAUACCAAAACUCGACUCUGAUGUUAUUAAAAGCAUCAAACUCGGCGACAAAGACAGUUAUUUCGACGGUUUGAAGAAAAUGUAUCACGCAGCUAAGAAAUCUGGCACAAAAAUCAUGUUCCCCUGCCAGCAUUGUGAUAAAAUCUGCCAGAACCUUAGCGCUCUUAAAUUACACAGUCGAAAACACGACCCUAACAAGAAACCUUUCAAACCUAAGGUGUGGAAACAUAAAGUAAAAAAAGUAACAAACAACAAAAGAGUUGUAGAAGAAAAAGUUAAAAUUGCACCUGUAACUGAAAACAGAACAGCAAAACCACAGCCUAUUAAAAACAAACAUAAAUGUGAUCCUAAACUCAAAGAAUUCUACGAAAAUAACAUAAGAGGUGGCGAUAUAGAGUUCUGGCAAUUUCUGAAAAUUUACAACAAAAUGGACAGAGAGAACAUAACGGACUUUAACGAUCUGAAAGGCAGAUACGAAUUUGGUAUUGGACAUGAGGAGCAUUUAGAAAAAUAUGAAAAUAAAGUAGAAACCGAAGAUUUAAGUGCUAAUACUAAUUCUAGUGUCUUGAAUAUUUCAAGUAGUGGGCUUAAAACCCAAAAUGAAGUUACUAAUAGUAUAAAAACUAUUAGAAACACAAGGAAAGUAGCUAAAACUAAAGGAAUGAAAAGGUUUAAAAGUUUAUUAAGUAAAGAAGAACGGCGUAGAAGAAUUUUAUUAAAGAAUAAACUUAGAGAAAGUGCUGCUAGGAAUAUGCAGUUAGAAUGAAUUUAAGUUGUAAUUAACGCCAUUCAUGCAGAAACGUUGUCUUUUCUCGCGUUUGAUUAAGCUGCAGUGUCGCACCCAUAAGCAAGACCUAAAUAUUAUAUAUGUAAGGCUCUAGACAGACGGACCACAUUUCAACUGCAAUCCAACCGCAAAUUGCAGUUUAAAUGCAGUUGACACGACUGCAAUAGAACUGCAAACCAACUAUGCAGCACGACUGCAAUUGAACUGCAAUCGGACUGCCCGUUUGGCAGUCGGAUUGCAGUUGAAAUGCAGUCAGUCUGUCUAGAGCCUUAUAGUGCCUAUUCGGGCAUACAUAAACUUAACCCAGCGAUUAAAUUAGUGCCGUCCUUCACAUACAAUAGGUACACGAAAGAGAUAGAGCUAGUUUUAGUCCUGAGCCUGACAAAUUAAGUUGGUGGUUGCCCGAUUCGGCAUCAAUGCAUAUCUGCGUGCUUAGCACCGUAAGCACGCGACAGAGAUCGUCUGUCUCUUUCUGUGCAGUACUGUGAGAGAGUGACGGGUGACGUAUGUCGAGGCGAGAAAGAGUCGCGCGCUUACGAUGCUAAGCCCGCUGUUGUAACGUAGCAUAAUGACAGCAGGAGAUAUAGUACAAAAAACGAGAGAACUCUCUUUCGCACUAACGGUAAACAUCUUGAUGAGAAAUAGAUGGAUAUGUCAUUUAUGCUACGUUAAAAUUACUAUAACGGUACAGCAGUACAUUUCUUUUGAUUUAUUUAAUCGGUCAUCAAAGCUCUGUGAUUGGUUCUUUUGGGCCAUUUUAAUUUUUUAUACAUAUUAGCAGUAGCUUAUCAUCCGCCUAUCGCGCGCGGUGCGAUAAUAUAUCGCGGUGCGGGCGAUAGGCGGACAGCAUUGUACGGCUAUUUAGUGUUGUCGACAACACACGUAAUCCACAAGAUUGAAGUGUUGCCAAUUAUUGGAACUCUUUUAUAAACAACAAUUAAUUUAGUUUUUUUUUCUUAACACGCAAUUAGAGCAAAGGCUCAGUCAAAUAUGCUCCCCUUUAUCAUCACCCUCGCAGCGUUAUCCCGUUGGAGGGCGAGGGAAAUAUGCUGCAGUAGGCAAUGCCUGGACAAAGCACCCGCCCUUAGUGCACACGGUCACGAGCACUAAUAUGUAUACACUUUGGUACCAUGUCACAUUAACUUUUUUUGACAAAUUGAACUGUAAGUCUCACUAAAUGUCAAAUAUGUUAGUGCGGCAGAGUCCUGAAGUGGGUACAUUAUAUUGCUCAUCACUGUACCUGGUCGUUUCUUAGUGACCCAUGUAUGGGCCACGGACGUAUGGAGCUAGUCCGUCAUGACCCGUAUAUGGGUCACUGGACUGUCAACGUGUUGACCCUUUCAUGGACGGAGAUCAUGGGUCAUUGAUGGUUCAUAAUAGGGACAAUAGGUAAUAUAUGACACCUUGGGACCGGAACGUCAUUAGACGUUGUCCUUGAAAGUGUUAAAAAGGCUACAUUGAAGCUAUUUAUUUAUAACAGCGAUAUUGCUAUUUGACAUUUGUAGGCAUUGCGUACUUAUACACGCGCAAAUGUCAAAUUGCAAUAUUACUUUCGUAGAUGAAUUGCUCCAAUGUUGGCUUUUUAACCCCCCUGUUAUAAAUUACAAGUUAUACAAGGAAUUACAUGUCAUCACAUCACAGUGAAUUUUUUUUUUUUAGUUCCUGUUACCGUUAAGUGGAAGUUGUAACUUGUAACAUAAUAAAAAAGAUUUUGUUUUAUUUUACUUGUUGUUAAUUAAUGGAAUAAAUAGUUUUUUUUUUAU